AUGGCGUACGAGGAAAACUUUCAGCAAACGUCCGAACCUAAAUAUAAAUGUCUUUUGUUUGACAUAGAUGAUACUCUUUAUCCUUUCAGUUCUGGUCUGGCUACGCUUGUUAAAAACAACAUUCAAGAGUACAUGACUCAGAAACUGGGUAUUGAAGAAGAUAAAAGUCCAAGAACUGCUGUGGGUUAUGACUUUGAUUACGACGAUUUCCAUCGUUUUGUUCAUGGGAGAUUGCCGUACACAACACUCAAGCCUGACCCUAUUUUGAGGAACAUUAUUCUUGGCUUGCCUCUUCGGAAAGUUGUUUUCACGAAUGCAGACAAGGCUCAUGCAGCCAAGAUUAUUAGCAGGCUAGGUCUAGAGGGCUGCUAUGAAAGAAUCAUAUCUUUCGAGACUCUGAACCCAAACACCAAUACUGAAUCUCUUGUUGCUGCUACUGAAACAAGAAGUUUCACUGCAAACCCUGACUCAAGUAUCCAACUCCCAAAGACUCCGGUUAUAUGCAAACCAUCUGAAGGAGCAUUCGAACAUGUUUUCAAGAUGACAAACAUCAACCCUCACAAGACAUUGUUCUUUGAUGAUAGCAUCCGUAACAUACAAACCGGGAAACGUGUGGGUCUCCACACCGUUUGGGUUGGGACCUCACACAGAGAUGAAGGAGUAGAUAUAGCAUUGGAGCAUAUUCACAACAUACGUGAGGCUCUUCCUGAACUAUGGGAAGCUGUUGACGACAAAGCGGAGGAGAUAUUAGAUCCAGGCAAAAAGUCGCCAUUGAAACCAUUGCUUAAACCAAACAGCUUCAAAGCUCAUAUAAUAACAAAGGACAUGAUUCUCAUGACAUCUGAGAAACUCAUGAAUACAAUAAUUCGUGUUUAG